AUGGAUAUUCAAUAUGCAACUCAACAUGAAAAAAAAUUAGAACUUACUGAGAAUUAUUUAGCAUAUUUAAGUCGUGUGCAGAAAGAAUAUGACUACUAUAAUAAUAAUAUUGUAAAGGCAGUUGAAGAUAAUAGUCUUAAAGAUAAUUACAAAACUUUUACAAUGCAUUCAUUUUCUUUUGAUUUAAAUAUUCUACCUCCUACAAUCAAUACUAAGCCACUUUCUAUUAAGAGGCAAGAAGAGUUGUAUAAAGAAAUUGCACUCUAUGUUGAUUUACCUUUUUGCAAUAUUACUUGCCCAAAGCCAGAAGAAUUAAAAACAA